UCGAGCUGCUGCCCCAGUGCACCGCGCUGCACCUGCUGUCCGGCGCCUCGAAGGUGGCGACGGCCCUCCGGAUGCACAACCAGUUGACCGCGCCCGACCCCCGGCCGAAGUUGUCGUCGAAGCUGGGCCUGCCCCUCAACAAGGCGCUGCAGCUCCCGGCCGCGGCCCUGCUCCCCGACCAGCCAUGGAAGUGCAGGAUCGAGCUGCUGUCCCACUGCACCGUGCUGCGCCUGCCGUUCCACUGGACCCGGUAGCUGUUGAUGCUCCCGACCUCCCUGAACUACCUCAGCGGGAACUGAGCAGGCACGAGAGGGCAGCGGCUGCAGCCGCUGCUGCUGUCCGGCGCCUGGAAGAAGCUGCGCGGCAAGCGGCCCCAGCUCCUCAGCCGCCCGAAGCAGCCACUUCCCGUGGCCAAUCGCUGCUGGCUGCUGGUGGUGAUGUGAGCCAAAGACCUGCGCGGCAAGCGGCCCCAGCUCCUCACCCGCCCGAAGCAGCCACUUCCCGGCCAAUCGCUGCUUGCUGCUGGUGGUGAUGUGAGCCAAAGACCUGCGCGGCAAGCGGCCCCAGCUCCUCACCCGCCCGAAGCAGCCACUGUUGGCCAAUCGCUGCUGGCUGCUGGUGGUGAUGUGAGCCAAAGACCUGCGCGGCAAGCGGCCCCAGCUCCUCACCCGCCCGAAGCAGCCACUUCCCGUGGCCAAUCGCUGCUGGCUGCUGGUGGUGAUGUGAGCCAAAGACCUGCGCGGCAAGCGGCCCCAGCUCUUCACCCGCCCGAAGCAGCCACUUCCCGUAGCCAAUCGCUGCUGGCUGCUGGUGUUGAUGUGAGCCAAAGACCUGCGCGGCAAGCGGCCCCAGCUCUUCACCCGCCCGAAGCAGCCUCUUCCCUUGGCCAAUCGCUGCUUCCUGCCGGUGGUGGUCCCAGUAGAAGGUUAAAAAGGCUGGAAAAGCUGAAGAGGAUGAGGGAAAAGAGAAAGGCAGGCGGGCUCGCACAGCUUAACAAUCCUGUUCAGGAAGCAUCUUCAUUCCACCUGCUGACUGAACAACCGUUUGCAAGCAGCCAACCCCCAGUAGAAGUUGUCGUCCCAGCAGGGCCUCCCCGUCAACAGGGCCCUGCAGCAGCUGCCGGCGGCCCUGCUCCCCGAUCAGCCGUGGCAGUGCAGAAUCAAGCGGCCACCUCAUUUGUCUUUCAGACCGCACGAGGAAUGUGGGUCGACACUUCUACUCUCCCAGGAUCAUCCCGAGGACUCUUGGAGCACCCUGACGACCUGACCAGGCCGUGGUGGCGUCCUCGCGUGCUCUACUCGUCAGACGAGGAGUUGGACACGGACAGAGGUAAUGGGGCACCUCGACGGAAGGUAUUGCGUCGUAGGGCACCAACACCAACGCUGCAAGAGGAUGAGAGAUGGCCACCCGAGUCGAACGAGGGCAGAAAUAAUGCAGGUCCAACUCCAUGCAAGGUACUGCGUCGUACCGCACCACCACCACAAGAGGAUGAAAGAUGGCCGCAUGAGUUUCUGCCUGAUUUUCAGGCUCAUGUGGCAUCUUUGGCACCACCACCGGCACCGCCGCAAGAGGAUGAGAGAUGGCCACCCGAGUCGAACGAGAGCAGAAACAACGCAGGCCCAACUCCACGCAAGGAACUGCUGGACGAAAGAUGGCCACAUGAGUUUCUGCCUCAUUUUCACGCUCAUGUGGCAUCUUUGGCACCGUCUGCGCCGAUGGCUUCCGGGGUGAACUGCACUGGCACUGCAACCGCAGCUAUGGUGGCUGGUCCAGGCGCGGCUUCCAGGCCAGACCAGCCAGACCGGCUGGAUCACACUGCAGUUGCGGUGUCUAGACGCACAGCUGUGUCUCCCAUGACGGACGACGAUGACUUCGCCUCGUCUCGAGCCUCGUCUUUUGUGACAAUUUUGUUUAUGAAACCAGAUGUCGAGUGGUACCACUUACACGAAUUUCCUAAUGCGGAACCGCUAUGUUCUCUUUAUUUGUACUGCAACGUCAACAACUUUGCUUUAAUGCCUAUUAAGCUCUUCGAAAUGUGUCCAAGACUCCGAUUGAUUCCGGACUCGGAAGUAGAAACUGUGCGGUCUUAUUUUCAGACCUCGGAGGUUACAGUAAACGUUGUAGAAGACAACUCUGAAAACGUUGAAAUGGGACACAACCUCCUACAAGACGUAGCAGUGCAGGAACGGGCUGCAACCCCAGCUGCGCCUUCCCUUCCAGUGGACCCGGUCGCUGCUGUUGCUCCCGUUCUCCCUCUACCUGAGCCAGAGCGGACUGCAACCCCAGCUGCGCCUUCCCUUCCAGUGGACCCGGUCGCUGCUGUCGCUGCCGAUCUCCCUCUACCUGAGCCAGAGCGGACUGCAACCCCAGCUGCGCCUUCCCUUCCAGUGGACCCGGUCGCUGCUGUCGCUGCCGAUCUCCCUCUACCUGAGCCAGAGCGGACUGCAACCCCAGCUGCGCCUUCCCUUCCAGUGGACCCGGUCGCUGCUGUCGCUGCCGAUCUCCCUCUACCUGAGCCAGAGCGGACUGCAACCCCAGCUGCGCCUUCCCUUCCAGUGGACCCGGUCGCUGCUGUCGCUGCCGAUCUCCCUCUACCUGAGCCAGAGCGGACUGCAACCCCAGCUGCGCCUUCCCUUCCAGUGGACCCGGUCGCUGCUGUCGCUGCCGUUCUCCCUCUACCUGAGCCAGAGCGGGCUGCAACCCCAGUUGGUCGUGGCGUCCUAGCGCCCGUGGAAGACGGCGCUGAGCCUGAUGCGCGGCAUGGUCCCGCCGGAGCCCGAGGCGAUCGUGGUCCCGCCGGAGCGCGAGGCGGCCGUGGUCCCGCCGCAGCGCGAGGCGAUCGUGAUCCCGCCGGAGCGCGAGGCGGCCGUGAUCCCGCCGGGGCGCGAGGCGAUCGUGGUGCACAGCCAGCCGAAGAUGCGACCCCUCGGCGCCGAGUAAGACGAGGUGGUGGAAGAGCUGGCGAACAGCGACCAACGAUUGAAAGACACAAUCGAGGGAUGGCCAUCCCCGACAACAGCGUCUCGAGAUUGCCGGGUGGCCACUGGCGGGUGGCAUCUCAAGGUGCUAGAGGCCGUGGCCGUGCUGCUGGCCGUGCUACUGGGUACACCGUCCGCAGAACAGGGGAGCCGUUCUGCCUCUGCAUGAUGAGGUGCGGACGGUGUAACCCAGGCCUAUGUGCGCAAAUGUACACCUGCUCGUGCGCCGAUUCCAGGCAGGGGCAGCUGUGCAAACACGUGCACAAGGUGCACGCCCUUCACGGUGGUAGAAACGUCGUUGACGUUGUGCACAUCUCCUCGGGGUCUGAGGAAGAAGGCGCCCCUCCUCAGCAGGGCAUGCAGCUGCGGCCGAGGCAAAACCGGAUGGCCGUCGUUGAUGUCAGCGAAGACUCCGCGUCCGAAGACGACCCACUCAACAUUCCGGGAGCAUUGAAUAUACCAGACCCUCCACCACGUCCGCGAGCAGCCCCGCGACCAGACCCAGCCUUGGAAGAACGAAGAGCCAUUAUACGGCAGCAAGAUGCUGCGUAUGAGGCAAGCCUUCGUGCAGACCGGGCGGCCACGGUGCAGCGGGAGGCGGAGGAAAGGGAGCGUCUGGCUCGUGAGCAGGAGGAAAGGGAGGAGGCCGAGCAGCGGCUGCGCGACCUCCCUAUACUGGCUGCAGAACGAGAGGCUGCGCGCGAACGGCUGCCCCCCGAACCUCUCACAAACUACAUCCUGAUCCGCUUCCGGUUGCCCGUGGGGCACCAGGCAAGGACGCGGCGAUUUGCACGGAAUGGGGGCAUUGAGGCCCUUCACGAAUUUCUUUUUGUGGAGGGCUUCAACCAUGUGCAUCUCUUCUUGCCGCGGUCUACAGCCUGCCUCCCUGCCAGGGGCACUAGCGUUGAGGAGGCCGUGGGAACGUUCUCAAUAACUCUGAACGUGGAGAUUGUUGAUGCAUCUGAGGAACCGUGCAGCAUAUGCUUAAGGAUGUUAAGCACUGAGGUGUUCAGGGCAGAACUACCCUGCGGACACUUCUUCCACAGGAAGUGUGUUGAAACGCUACAACAAACCCAGAGGAGAAAUAGGCAAAGACACACUUGUCCUAGUUGCCGCCGCCUAUUCGUUAACCCGGAACGACGUCCCAACCAUCAAGAUUAAUUUUAUGUGUUGAGUGCUUAAUUUUAAAUCACAAAGCAGUGAGGUUCCUUUCAGGAUUUUAUUUGUGCAGCUGCUUUGCAUCAUGUCUUUACUUUUACCUCAAUGUUUGUGAACGAAAUUUAAUUGUUAUGCCUUCUGGUUAUGUUCUUCUGCUAAGGGAAACUCAUCAACAGUCCUCUACUUUUUAAGAUUAUUAAGUGAGACAUAAUUUAUUUUUAUUUGAAUGUUGAAGUAUUUGGCUUUUACUUUGACCAUUGGUAAACUUGUCUCAGAAUUGAGUGACUGAAAUUGAACAGGUUCCUGUUAUUUUCCCUCCAAGUUUUUUCCUUGGGCAGCAGGAGUGCUUCAUUUUAAAAGGGAAUCUGGCCUUCCCACUCUAUUGAACUAGUUAGAAAAGUUGGAUUUCCAUAAUACAGACAUUUGUGUUAAAAACACAAUAAUACCAGCAAAAUUA